UUUCCUCUUCCCUUGGUCCCCGUUUAGUCCCCACGUCCCCUUUCCAGAGGUAACUAGUAACCAGCUGUUACCUAGUUACUCAUAUUACCCGUUCCGUCUUGAAACAGUUUCUCCUCUUGGCCUUUGUGACUUUACAGCACUGUCCUGGUUUUCCUCCUGCCCACCACCCACUCCUCUGUCUCCUUUCCUGGCUUCUCCUCUGCUUGAUCUUAUUCAUGUUGUGAUGCCCCAAAGCUUGGUCUUGGGAAAACUCCUUUUUAUUUCUCCAUUCUCUUGCUAGGUGUCUCCAGCACCGUGGUUUUAAAUACUACCUAUAAGUUCAUGUUUUCCAAGUAUAUUGAGAAGGUCCUAAUUUCUUUGAGUCUCAGACUUCAUAUUCGAUGGCUUGCUUGGCAUUUCCGAUUGGAUGCCUAAGGCCCAUCUCAGACUUAGCAAGUACAUAUCCAGAGACUAAUGUAAAAAUCUCUUUGAUUGCUAGUUCACGUCUCCCAGUCUAAGCCUCUUCUUUCUCUAAUCUUCUUCUCAGUAAAUGGCACUGCCAUUUACCAUUUGCUCAAGCCCCAGAUUUAGGUGUCAUACUUUAUUCUCCUUUUUUCUCUUAUUUCCACACAACUGAUCUAUAGGGAAAGUCUUGUUGACCGUACUACUAAAGCAUGCACUGGGUGCACCUACUCUAUUUCUGCCCUUAACACACCUCCCCUCAGCCUUCUGCUGGACCACCACAGUAACCUCCUAAGUGGACUCCCUGCUUCCACUCUUGCCCCCUGAAGUCUGUCCAGCGAUUAUUUACUUCCAUGUUGAUUGGUGCUGGCUGACUGUGGGCUGGGGCAGUGCUAAGUACUGAAAUAUUCCCACAGAGAAGGCCAGGUGUCUUUGGGCAUCUUCAGUCUGCACACCUCACCCAGAGGCUCAGACUUUUCUGAAGACAUCCAGCCCACCCAUACUAGGACAGUCUAGGAACCAAUCUAAGGCCUUCCACUCCAGCUUCUUUCAGAUUGCUUCUCACUCCCCUUCUUACUUUUGGCCCUCUUAGUUUCUCAAGCUUCCUUGUUUUAGCGCUGUUCCUUUCAUGACAAGGGAUGUUGACUGAGUUUGGAUUCUCUCACUUGGCUUCUGCCAUGGCAGCUCUUGAGGAUCUGACUUCUGGUGCCCUUUCUGUGGCCCCAGUACAGGGUGAAGGUCACUGCAUCUUCCCUGCUCUCCACUGACUGAAUGCUCCUAUCUAUAAGAAGGGAGUUGGAUGUGCACAUUAUACAGUUUAAGGAAGGAGCACUUGUUAACCAGAGAGGUCCUGUCCACUAUCCUUUAGUUAGGCCAACAGCAAGCAAAAUGUGGAACAAAGUGUUUCUUCCCUCUGGACUGUCUAGUAAGGAAAUGGGCCAUUUUCUGAGUGUGAGUCCUCAGCCUUGGGGAUCAUUCACAGCAAGAUUAUUAUGGUAGUGAUUCCUGACCUUAGGAAGUGGGGUCAAUGAAAUAACUUGUGAGAGUAUUUCUGGUUUUUAGUAUUUGAUAUCAAAGAUGAGGGACAUUUGCUUUGGAAAGCAGAGAUGGAGGUCUCUGAGUAACUAGAUGGGUUCAGGAGCUCUCUGAAGGGACCCUCUUUUUGAGACCAGUUCUUUAACUCAAUAGAUAUUUUCUAGCACCGAGUGUAUGCCAGGUGGUGUGUUGGGCAUUGGGGAUGCAGUGAUGCAGAAGGCAGAGGAUAAUGAGAUGUUGCAGCAUGGCAUCCAUCAAGGCCUCUUUCCAGCCUUGUGGAACUUUGCUAGAAGUCAGCAGACAUGCCUUGGCUGGCUUAUUCCAUGGCAGGGAACUCAGUGGGAUGUCAGAGCCUGGGAUCUUUGUCCCCGAACAAGGUUAAUGGUAUGUCUUGGUAAGAAUAACCACGUAAGUGAACAAUAGCCUCUGGUUUAUUGGGCAUAAGGCCAUUUGUUCAGAAGAUGAGAGAAGCCUAAUCAGGAGCCCCUCUUCCCCUGAACUGCUAGUAUCGAGGGCCCAGAUUGCUGCAAAGGCUGCAGAAGAGGAGCUGGAACAAAUGGGACUGUGCUCCCUGAAAAUGCUGUGGCUGCCUGGGCCUGGUGGUGUCACCUGAGUAGAGAAGUGCUAGGGAUUCUAUCCAGAAGUGCUAGGGAUUCUAUCCAGUGCUAGGGAGACGUGGCUGUUCUCCUCCAGUAACAGAAGAAACCCAGACUGGGGCAGAAGGAGCAGAUGCAUCUGGGGGCCCAUGAGGCAGAGUGGUGGGAAGGGAGACAGAAGAUAGGCUCUGCUUCAUAAAGGUCAGAGCUGCCCCGAGCUGGGUUGAUUCAUUUAUUCAGCAAAUGUUCAUCUGUGAAGGGUGCACUUUACAUUAGGCUCUGUGUCUGGCAGACCAGGUUUCUGUUCUCGGGUUGCUUAUAGUCUGGAGAUUGCCUGGGAGGUAGAAUGGCUCUUUCCUGGGGGUGUUUAAGUAGAGGCUGGACAAGCACUUGGGAGGGGCAGGUGGAGAAUAAAGGAAAUGAAAGAUUCAGCUGGGGGAGGAGGGAGGUUUGGACUGGAGGCCUUUAAGGAGCUUUCCUAUGCUCAAGGAGUGCUAGUGCUCUGCGUUCCUGAGGGCUUGGUCAGGGAAUGGAGUGGUUCAGAAUUACCUUGAGGGUCUGUCCAGGGAUACUCAGGAGGAGGGAUUGGGUUGGAGGAGGGUAGGCAGGGCCUGAUUGUCAGGAGGGCCUGGUUUUGUGUCUCUAAACCUCAGCCAGUGCUGAGGGUCACAACAGAUCCUGCAGACCUAGGAAGGACCCAGAGCUUAGAGAGACCGCAGUCAUAGCCCCAGAAGCAGGAGGGCUGGAGGAGGUUUGUCCCCGUCCUCAGCAGGCUGUUUGCCUUGCUUUAGUGCACCUUUCUGUCUCUCCCCUCCUAUCACCCCUGCUUUUGUCUCAGGGUCUACAGGAUGAGUGUCAGUACCUCCUUCAGCCGCAGCUGAUUGUCCGGCGUUUGCUGGACGUUGCCGUGUUGGUGCCUGGGCGACCCUCAGAACAAACCCUCUCCCCCCACAAUCGCUCAGCCCUGUACAAGCCCCACCCCUGCACAACUCAAGCUCUGUGGCCUGUGGAGGUACAUCGGUAUGCCAGCUGGAGCUGGCACUACCCCCCUGGGGGCACUGGGUCUACGUGCGUGUGGAGACACCAUCGCGGGGCCCUGGCAGGACCAUCCGCUUCCAGCUGUGUGUGCGGUUGCAAGAGUGCCCACAGCCCAGCCUGUCCCGUGCCCUGGUCCCUGGAGCUGCCAUGAACAUGCCCCAGUCACUGGGCAGCCAGUCACUGCCCCCAGAGCCGCCAUCCCUCGGAGCCCCUGCCGAGGGGCCUGGGGCCACAUCCCCUCCCGAGCACUGCUGGCCGGUGCGCCCGACGCUGCGCAAUGAACUGGACACCUUCUCCGUCCACUUCUACAUCUUCUUUGGCCCCAGCGUGGCCCUCCCCCCUGAGCGUCCAGCUGUGUUUGCCCUGAGGCUGCUGCCAGUGCUGGACAGCGGAGGUGUCCUCAGCCUGGAGCUCCAGCUCAAUGCGAGCUCCCUGCACCAGGAAAAUGUGACAGUGUUCGGAUGCCUGACUCACGAGGUGCCCUUGAGCCAGGGGGAUGCAGCAGUGACCUGUUCCAAAGAGUCCCUGGCCGGUUUCCUCCUCACGGUCAGUGCCACCUCCAGAGUGGCCAGGCUGCGAAUCCCGUUCCCGCAGACGGGGACCUGGUUCCUGACCCUGCGCUCCCUGUGCGGGGUGGGGCCUCGGUUUGUGCGGUGCCGGAACGCGACGGCCGAGGUGCGGCUGCGCACCUUUCUGUCCCCGUGCGUGGACGACUGCGGGCCCUACGGCCAGUGCAAGCUGCUGCGCACGCACAACUACCUGUACGCCGCCUGCGAGUGCAAGGCCGGGUGGCGGGGCUGGGGCUGCACCGACAGUGCGGAUGCGCUCACCUAUGGAUUCCAGCUCCUGUCCACACUACUGCUGUGCCUGAGCAACCUCAUGUUUUUGCCACCCGUGGUCCUGGCCAUUCGGAGCCGAUAUGUGCUAGAAGCCGCUGUCUACACCUUCACCAUGUUCUUCUCCACGUUCUACCAUGCCUGUGACCAGCCAGGCAUUGUGGUUUUCUGCAUCAUGGACUACGAUGUGCUGCAGUUCUGUGAUUUCCUGGGCUCCUUAAUGUCCGUGUGGGUCACUGUCAUUGCCAUGGCUCGUUUACAGCCUGUGGUCAAGCAGGUGCUGUACUUGCUGGGGGCUAUGCUGCUGUCCAUGGCUCUGCAGCUUGACCGGCAUGGACUCUGGAACCUACUUGGACCCAGCCUCUUUGCCCUGGGGAUCUUGGCCACAGCCUGGUACGCAGCGUCCGCCGCCGGCACUGCUACCCACCCACGUGGCGCCGCUGGCUUUUCUACCUGUGCCCAGGCAGCCUUAUUGCAGGCAGUGCCGUCCUGCUCUACGCUUUUGUGGAAACCCGAGACAACUACUUCUACAUCCACAGCAUUUGGCACAUGCUCAUCGCUGGCAGUGUGGGCUUCUUGCUGCCCCCUCGUGCUAAGACUGAUCGCCGAGUCCCAUCUGGAGCCCGGGCCCGGGGCUGCGGUUACCAGCUGUGCAUCAAUGAGCAGGAGGAGCUGGGCCUUGUGGGCCCAGGAGGGGCCACAGUCAGCAGCAUCUGUGCCAGCUGAGAGGGGCUUUGGGCUGGCCCUUGGGGAACGUAGACCCUUCCUAGGGGCAGAGAGCCCUUCCUGGGGUUCUUCCUGGGAGCAUGGAGACCUCUCGGGGGUAAGAGACAAGUUGUAUUUCUUGAGGAUAUGGAGUCUUUCUGAAGGACAUGGACUCUUCCAGGGACCUGGCACACUUCGCGAGGGCCUGGAGUCCUCCUGCAUCUAAAGGACUGGAGCCUGUGCCGGGCCGCAGAGCCCCCUGAGGACCAAGGAGCCCCUCCUAGGGGUGUGGACCCCCCCCGAGGACAUGGAUUUCUUCCCAGGGAGACAGAGCCAUCUCAGGACAUGGCAUCAUCCCUGAUGGAAUGGAGUGCAUCUUGGGGAAGCUGAGUCUCCGAAUAUUCCCAGCAGCUCAGCAACUCUGGCCUUAGGGCUCCCUCCCAGCGGCAGCAUCUGGGCUGUGCUGUGCUGGGAGGGGAUUGCAGGACAGCCGGGGCUGGGGCUGGGGCUGCCAUGGCUGGUAUCCUGAGUUGAUGCAGGUGGAGUCUUUGUGUCUCCAAUGAAGUACUUGCUGGUUCUGUACUGCCUUUUUUCCUGGGGGCAAAGGGUAUGGGGAGGGGAAGGAACGAGGACCUUGUGGAAAUCCAGCAGGGCUGACAGCCCAGCUGGAAUGAGCCGCUGAAGCUACUGCUUGAGGCUCUUGCCCCAUCAUGUCAGGCUGCAGCAGCUGGGAGCAGCGAGGGGUGCGCGUGCAGACGUGCUGUGAUGAUUUAAAUCAGUGAGACAGACCUCCCUUGUGGUGUCCACACCAACAGGGAAGGAAGCUGAGGGCUCAGGAAAUUGGGCUAGCAGGUACAGAUCUCAGAUGUGCAAGAAAUAUCAGAAGAAUGUUACUUCUAUUUUGAGCCCCCAUUUUGCCUGCGUGCCAGAAACAUAAUCUUUUGUCAUUUUGGGAUUUCUUCUCUUUCUACAAAGGUCACAGCUGAGUCCCGAGGAUCUUAUAUAAUGCCAAGAUGUUGGAAGGCCUUCCCUCUGGUCAGCAGGGUCCAAACUGCAGCCAUCCCCUGAGAUUUCUGUCAUCCUACCUGGUCACCCAUCAGCAGUGCAGGCAGGUCAUCCCAGAGUGGUUUCUUGUCUCCGUCUGCAUAAUCCUUUUCAGUCCUGAGGCUCUCUCCAUCACUUCUGUGCCAUCUGCAAAGACCUGUGAGACCUUGGAUCCCUAGACACACCUUGAAGCUAUUUCCUGGGAUCCUGCUCUGCAUUUUAUUUGACCAUCAAGGCAUGAGUUGUUCCAGUUUUCAGAUCCUGGAAACCCAUCCAGGGUCUUGGCCUGGAGAAUGGGUCUUAGGGCCCUUCCCUUUGGGAGCCCUCUUGUGCCAACACUCUCACAAUGUCCCCUCCUCCUCUCUCUUCCUUCUCCCUGGCUUAGGGAAUCUUAUUCAUCUGGAGGUGAAAAGCCUACUUUUCCUUAUGCUUUCUCCCAAAGAUUUUGUUUAUGCCUUAGGUCUCUUCUGUUCCCUUUAGAGCCUAGGCUUUUGAAACUCAAAAGCCAGGCGCCAGGACGACAUCUCUUUAUUGUCUGCUUUCUGCAAUCACAUCUCUUCCGUGGGGCACUGAGCAGAGCAUGAUGUGGCCAGCUGAAUGGUGAGAAGGAAUGAGAGAUGUGGGCUAGAAAUCUAUUUCUGUAUCAGAAAUAUUAUUCCAUCACAUUAGGAUGUAGAGUCAGAUUACUAGGGACACUUGAACCCAAAUAACUGGAAUUCAGGACACAGCAGAGUAUGAAAGGUACUGAAGAGGGAGACAGAGCUGGGACAUACCCUGCCCAGCUAGGAGGGGUCAGAAGGGGCUUUCUGGAAGCUGGGGUAUGGAGGGCAUUGAGGGAGAUUGAAUGAGAUUAAUAAUGCCAAGAUAUUGGGAGAGUGUUCUCUCUGGUCACCAGGAUCUAUAUUGCAUUCCUCCCCUGAGAUUUCCAUCAUCCCAUCUGGUCUCAGUCAGGAACGCACUUAGAACGCAGCAUAGUGCCUAGCCUGGUAUGUGGUAAGUAUCCAGUACAUGUUAACUAAAGGUCAAGAAGUGUUUGGACAUGAGAAGCAGCAACAAGGAGGAAACACGGAGUUAGAAAAGACUGAUACUUACCGGGGAGUUGGGAAUAGUUCAGUGUGCCUGGGCCUGGAGGGCGUGUGUGGGUGGAGUUGGGGUGGAGGCAGGUAGCCAAGGAUGAUGUUGGGCAGACAGGUGGCAUCUGCUGUUCAUCCUAUGGGAAAUGGGCAGUGGCCUCUUGGAGGGAUUUAAGCAGGAGAGUUGCAUGAUCAGAUUGGUGGGUUUUUUUUUUUUUCAGAUUGGUGUUUUGAUGGCUAGUGUAGAGGACAGACUUUGGAGCGAGUUUGGAGGAUGAAAGUGCAGUGACAUAGCUGUUGCUCUAUUUGAGAGAGAAAUAGUGAAGGCUUCUUAAGGUGAUGUCAGUGGAAGGGAGGGGACUGACUCAAGAAGCUGUUACAAGGUCGAAUCCAUAGGACUUAGUGACUGACUGGAUGUGUGGGUCAGUGAGGGAUGAGACGGCCUCUGAUGACUGCCAUGUUUCUGGCUUGGUGACUUGGGGGGUGUUGGUGCUAUUCCCUGAGAUGGUAUCACACCUUUGGGAGACAGAAUGAUGAGUUCAGUUAUGGACAUUUUGAGUUGGAGGAGCCUGUGGGAUUCCUGGAGGGAGAGAGCCAGCCAGAACACUGUACUGGGCAAAGCAGCUAAACCAGGUCUAGAACCCUGGACUCCUGGCUCCCCAGAUGGGGUCAUUUGUUAUUUCCUGGCUUGUUUGGUGACUUCCUGGAAUACAGGGCUGUGGCCAGCAGAUACUGCUGCUUCCCUGCUCUUUUCUGUCCACACAAUCAGACUAAGACCCCUGACUGCCAACAGUUGCCUAGGGCAGGGUCAGUAGUGCAGGAUUCAAUCCUAAAUGUGACAAUGUGAGGGUUUCUGAGUGACAGUUCAGUUCAGUAAACCCUCUCUAGGGAAAGCUCUGUGGGAGCUGCAGAGAUGAGUUGGACUGGUUGAAUCCUGCCCUCAAGGAGCCCACAUUGUGGUGAAAUAUCAUGAAUGCAAAGCAGAAUGGAAUGGAUACCGAGCAAAAGUUUCCAACGAAGUGCUGUUGGAUGAAAAGGAAAGAGAACUCCUUCAAAGUGCUCCAGGAAAUGCUGCGUAGGAGAGACGGUGUCUAAGCUGGCUUUGAAAAAUAGUCCGAGGUCUCACCAGAGAACAGUGUGAGCAAGACACCGAGGUACGGGCAGUACAGAUACUGUAGUGAGGAGGUCAGCCUGUGUGAAGGGGAUUAGUGGAGCAUCAGGCUGAAGAAGCAGGGGGGCCAGGUUCCAGAGGGCCUGAGGACUCAGCUGAAGAAUGUGGGCUUCAUACUGUAGUAAUAGGUAGCCAUGGUAUGUUCUUGAUCAGAAGAGUUUGGCCAGGGUUUGGCCAAAAAGUAGCAGGACCACUCUGAGUGAUAUAAGGGAGUUGUUGCGGAGAACGGACCUGUAAAUUGAGGGAGCAGUUGGAGAAGUCUGUGCAGAGCUGUGCCUCUGCCCUUGGUAUUGGAUCUGAAGCCUCUCUUGGUCAUCUGGGCUGGCAGGCAUAAAGGGGGCAGAGAGGACAGACUACCCCCCAGGAGGACAAGCUGGCACCUGUGCUUGGCCCUCCCUGCCUUCCUUCAACCGCAGUGACACUGUGACCUGCAGGAGGAGCUGACACUCUCUGCCCUGGAGCUGCACAUGGAGCAGGGCUCAGAGCAGCUGGAGGCGGAGAUGCAGGAGCCCUAGGAGGGGCUGCACUAACAGAAAGGUGAGCGCUUCCACCGCGUCCGGGCUGCUUGGCUUUUGCCUUUCAGAUCUCAUGCAGAUUUCUCUUGUGGUCAGCCUAACUCAGAACUUCACAGAGCAGGAAACUCUGGGAGGCACAGUUCCAACCAAGUUAGCUCAACCAAUCCAGAGCCACCACAGGUAAGCAACCAGAGCUUUCCUGGGAUGAUAAACCUCCAGAGAAAAGGAGGCUCUAGAAAUCUCUAGUAGCUCCUGGGUUGGCUGUAGGAUACUGUGGCUGUCAUUACGCUCUUUGAAAUUCUUCAGUCCUCCCCCUCCCUCCAGAUGCGUGGGCACGUGCAACCCUCCCACUUGGUAUUAGCCGUGGCCUCAUGCCUUGCGUUGGCCAGUGAGGUGGGAGUGGAAAUAACCUGUCACUUCUAAGUGGAGGCUUUAAGAAUCAGUGCAGGCUUUGUCACUUUCUUUUUCCCUUUUGUCAUUUUGACCAGCAAUGUGCUGCACGGUAGCUGUUUAUCAUCUUGAGUCCCAGAGGGAUGAACACGCUGAUGCAGAGCAGAUCCCCCAGCCAACCUCUCACAGACCUGCAGCAUGAGGGAGAGGGAAACCUUUGUGGUUUUAAGCCACUGAGAUUUUGAAGCUGUGCCCACUGUAGAACCUAGCCUGUCCUGCCUGAGGGCGUUGGAGAGCAGCAGGAGAAAUGGGCCAUUUUCCUGGAGAGCAGGUCUCCCCUCAGCAGAGCUUUGGUGGCAGCUUUCACCUCUGCAUUCCUCAGGCUAUAGAUGAUGGGGUUCAGGAAGGGCGUCACGGCCCCGUAGAACAAUGCAAUAUUCUUGUCCAAGUUGGGGUCCUUGGCCUUGGGCUUGAAUUACAUGAAGGAGAGAGUCCCAUAGAAGACUACCACCACUGUGAGGUGGGCAGAGCAGGUGGAGGAGGCUUUGCGCUGGCUGGCAGCGGACGGCACCCUAAGGAUGGCAGCAAGGAUGAAAACGUAGGACAGGCAGAUGAGCAGCAGUGGGGCCAGCAUCAGGACAGCUGUGGCCACCAUUAUUAGCAGCACAUUGAGAGAGAAGUCCCCACAGGCUAGUUUCAGCACAGCCAAGAUCUCACAGAAGAAGUGGUUGAUGACAUUGUGGCCACAGGAGGGGAGGCUCCAGGUGAGAGUGGAAUGCAGCAGGGAGUUGACAAAGCCUGUCCCCCAGCUCAGUGCUGCCAUCCACGUACACGUCUGCCUGCUCAUGAGCUCUGAGUACCGAAUUGGCCGCAGAUGGCCACGUAACGGUCGUACGCCAUCACAACCAAGAGCAGGCACUCGGUGGAGCCCAGCGCCAGGGUCAGGUACAUCUGCAGGGCACAGCCAGGGAAGGAGAUGGUCAUUUGGGUUUCCAGGAAGUUGACCAGCAUGAGAGGCACAAAGGAGGACAUGCCACAGAUAUCUAUGAGGGAGAGGUUGCUGAGAAAGAAGUACAUGGGGCUACGCAGGUGGGGGUCCAGCACAUUCGGCCCAGUAAGGAGGGAGUUCCCCAGCACGUUCAUGGAGUAGACGCCCAGGCAGAGCACAAACAGGACCACCUCUUGGUUAUGGUGCUCGUGUAGCCCCAGCAGGACAUACUCUGUCAUAGCCAUCUGGUUGGCCCCCUCCAUCUCAUUCUCCCUCCUUUCCCACCUGCACCACAAAGGUGUUGGAAAAAGCACUGGCUGGCCUGGGAGCCAAGCACCCUGGAUGUGUGACCUGGGGCAGGUCAGCCCUACUGGAAUGUGGUCUCACCAUCUGUGUAAUGGAGCUGACUUCAGAUCUGCAAGCUGGCCCUCUCAGCUCUGUGGUUCUGAUGAAACUUAUGGGAGAUGGGGCCCAUUCUAAUCCCCUUGGCUCAUCUCUCUUCACCCCCAGGGUGGGCUCAGGGGAGACAGUAGAAUAGGAUUCAUGUUUCACAUGCUCCUUUGGAAUGCAAAGCAUUCUUUACUGUUAAAGAGGAAGCAUCUUUUCCAGGUUAUGACUUCAUAUGGUUGAAUAAUGCCCAGAGCAUUUCAGAUUUAUUCAUUCACUGAAUAUUUGUUGAAUGCUUACUCUGUGCUAGGUGUUGUUUAUGUGCUGGGACUAGAGCAAUAAGAAAAGGGAACAAAAAGAUGCCACACCUGUCACAGUACUGCUCUUCUUCCUUGAAUUAGGUGAGAUGAGCUCUGGAAGGCAGGGGGGUGAUGAGUAAUGCUCAGCUAAUGCUCCUUUGAUCAUAAAGUUCAAACCUUUCCACUCCGUAGGAUGUGUAAGCCUGAUUUCUCGUCAUCUCUCCUUAAGGAAUCACGGACCAUCCAUUGAUUUUUGAAAGAACGUACAAAACAUACAUAUCCCAUGUCCCACAGCAUUUAACCCUGGUUAUGAAAGCCAAGUCACUCACUUCUUGGCUUCCAUAUUGCUUUUUAGUAUGAACAGUAUUGGCAAUGUCACACGAGGAGGGAAAGCCAGCUUCUAAUCUGGCAGAGACGUUGUCAGGCACUGAUUAGUUUUAUAAAGGGAGGGCGGGAAGAGGCUGCAGGUUCACCCAGGUAGCUUUCAUUGCUCUUCUGAGCUGGUGUCGGCCUCCUUGGGAAAUGCCAGUGUCAGGAGGGAGCCACGUGUCAUGUGUUAGAUGGGAAAGCUGUCUUGUGGCCCAGGUGACCCCUGGUCUAAGGGGAAUUAGGAGCUGAGUGUGAACUCUGAUCUUUCAGAAUAUAUAAUUACCCCCUUCCUUCACCCAGAGAUUGACUGUGAGGCCAAUGUCCUGUGACCGCUUUGGAGCCCUGUCCCUCCUUCAGGGCUGGAUUUUUUUUUCUCCUUAUUCCUUCUGCUUGAAAUUACACCUACCAUUUGUAGGGGCUGAUGGGCUCACCCUCUCCUGAAUAAACCGUGUGCUUCCUCAGCACUACAUCUUUGCCCAAGAAGUUCCCUUUUGUAGGCACGUCCUCCCUCUCUUCCCCAGUGGGGGUGUUCCUGCUCAUCCUUCAGAGAGCAGCUCCAUCUCUCCUCUCCUGUCCCUCCUGCCCCUGCAGAGUCACCUGCUCCCUUCUUGUACUUCCACAGCCCUUGGCCAUCCUCCGUGUUCCUGUGCUGUGCACCUGUCUCCUCUACCACUCUUGAGAGCAGAACUCUGUCUCCUUCCUUCCUGCACCUCAUGCAGUGAGGGCUGCCAAGGGUAGUCACUCAACAGGCAUUCAGCACGCAACUCAAACACCCGGUAUUGCAUCCCAGCUUCAGCACUGACUAGCUGUGUGAUAUUGACCAAGUCACUUGGCCUCUGAGACUCAGUUUCCUUCUGAAAAAUGGGGAUGCUGUGCAGCUCCGAUGAAACAUACACAGACAAGUGCUGGUGGGCCACCCAGCGUGGAGGCUCCAGAUGGAAGACUGUGUCUUCAGCCACAAGGCACCUGCUGGAUUUGUGCUCACCAGACCUCCCGGGCAGGAGCUCCAGCAUCUGUCAUGACCCCCUCCCCCCAGAGUCUGUGCUGGUUUUCCCUCCUCCAGCCUGAUUCAGGGUGAUUGUUAAGGGAGUUUCUGGAACAUACAGGGAUAGUUGAUUAAUCUGGGUCAGCAGUUGGCCACAAAUCUUACCCAUGUAAACAUUUAAAGGUAGGGAUUCUCUUGCUGAGGUCUGACAAAAAAAAGUAAAGAAUUGCCUGAGUGUGAUGGCUCAUUCAGCCAAUUGUUACUGAAAACCUGCUAUGUGCUAUGUGCUGGGAAGAGAGCAGAGGCAGGGGCAGCUUCUGCCCUAACAGUUUACACUCCCUCCCUCAUUCUCUUGGUGACCUUGGAUACAUCCCUUCCUCUCUCUGGGCUUUAGAAACCUCUGAAGUUCUCUUUGAAUCUGGGGUGUAAAGACAAAGUAAAACCCGGGUCCGAAAAGAAGUUGAAAGGAAGCAUCUUUUCAGCAUUAUAACUUCAUGUGGCUUCAACAAGCCACCAGUUUCAUUUCAGAAUCAGUGAUAAGGGCUUGGUCUUUGUCGGGUAUGUUGCUACAAAAAGACCCAUUAACCUUAAAUUCUGACGCUGGGCUCCGGUGUGGGGGUGUUUUCAGGCAGGUAGAAGGUGGGAAACCCCCUGACUGCUUUUCCCUUUCCUACCUUUGUCUUCAAAAGAAGACCAGGUGGAAAUGGCAGAGGCAUCUGAGGGCUUUGGUGAUCUGGCCUGCCCUCCUGCCUCACCGCCUUGUACAUCCCUUCACACACGCCUGCUCCAGCCUCGUUGAUGGACGAACCCCACACGCUCCUGACUCAUCCCUCUUCUCGUGCUCUUUCCUCAGACUGGGGCGGCCUUUCUCUUCCACUCACCCCCUGAGGCUCAGCUCACAGGAACUUCUGCAGGGCCUUCUCAGAUGCCUCCACAGAACUGACCAUCCUGACAUGACGCUCACCCAGCCGUUUGCACGGUUUGUUGUGUGUGCCAUUCUCUUUCACAGUAGACCCUGAGCUACGGAAAUCAAAGAGCUGUGUCCAGUUCAUCCCUAACACCCUCCAGUCCCUGCACCCAGAAGGCACUAUUGGAGAUCCAGUGUCAUAUUCCUGUCCAAAAUUCUCAUCCCAAAUAUCUUACCUUGGGAUCACCUUCCCUCCUCUCCCCCUAUGCACGCACAACAGCAGAGUGACGCAGCCACAGGAUUGCCGGAAGAAGAGCUUUGGGGGUGCUAGGCUCCUACCUGCAGGAGUGGCUGCUUUCUCUGAAGAACUAAAUCAGGAGAGUGGUGGGUUUCCUCACAAUGUAAGAGUCUGAUCAUAACACAUUCACAGAAAUUAGGAAUAGCUCACAAGGCCGUAGGCUUAUGGCCGCAAAGAAAUGAGGCUGUGUUUGGAAAAUACCAUGUGGCCAGGCUACUGACAGCUUUGACUGCAACAUGAACCCCUGUGUUGGGACAUCAGGGGUCAUCAGAGAGCAGCUGCUGUUCCCUUGGUCCAUCAGUUAAGAUGAGCUAGGUUUUGCUGCAAUAACAUACAACCUCAUAAUUUUAGUGACCAUGAGAAAGGUUUGUUUCUCAUGCUACCUGACCAUUGUACGUUUUCAGGGACUCAGAGAGCCUGGCUUCACCAUCUGGGACAUCACAAGCUGUUAUGGCUGGAGAAGAACACACUAGAGCAUCUCCAACAGCAGUUAAUUGCUCCAACCCAGAAGUGACAUGUGACCCAUCUGCCCACAACCCACUGGCCUGUGUAGCCCUACCACAUGCCCAGAAAGAGGAGGACCAGAAAUACUGCUGCGCAGUUGGGUAUGAUGGCAUUUCACAGUACACUCAGAAAACCACUCUAGCAUCUAUCUGCCUGCGUCUCACCCUUUGUCGUGCCCUGGAAAAUCUAGUUCACAGAGUGAUAGGAAAUUGAGUGUCUCUGAGAAUCACUGUCUAAUCCCCUCCCCUGUUUUAUACCUCCUGAGAGGCAGGGGAUGGGAUGGAAGGAGCCCUGGACCGGGAGUGAAGGGUCUAGGUUGGAUUCUUGCCUUUGUUCCGAUUCUGCUAUAUGGUCAGGUUUCUCCUUGUGUGAAAUGGAGCCAUUCAAUUAGGUGGUCUCUUGUAUUCUGCACAACCACUAAAACAUUCCCUCACAUCUUUCCAGCAACUUCCAAUCCUGAGGUCAGAUAGACCCAGGGCCACUUUGCAAGGGAAAUAUCUUAUCAGUUUCAUUGGCUGGUAAAUCUAGUUUGAACCACUGAAUACUUAUUUUAGAUGUCACAAAUUGUUUUAAAAGAAAAGUAAGGGGACAAAAAGAAGAAGGCUCCUGUUAAAAUUUCCCCAGAAUGCCUGGACCUGGGGUUCCUGCUUCACACACCCCUGCUGUGUUAGCAGAGCAGGUGAGUGUGGGCUCUGGAGUCGGACCAACCAGGGCCCAAGUCCCAGGCCAGCCAUUUGCUAACGGUUUUCUCAGCCUCAGCUUCCUGACCUGUAACGUGGAGGUAAGAAUAUUAUUUCCUCAAGGGCUUCUUUGGAGGAUUCAGAGAAAGCUCUUAGCACGAAGCUGGGCACGUGGUAAGUAUUUACCAGAGGCUCAAGGCUCUGGGAGAGUGGAGCGAGGCAGUGCUGAGUUCAUUAUCAGCAGACUCACUGUGCUGGGAUGGGCCAGGCCCAAGGCCCUGAGGACCAGCCUCCCAGUCCCCUGCCACAUAGAUGUCUCGCCUGCUCCCUGAUCUCGGGGACCUUACAGUCCUUACCCAAUUUAAAGUUCAAACUCUGUAGCUGCACAAGUUUGCAGGUUUGGCAGCUGUGGGCCUUCAGAGACCCCCGGUUCCUUGUGCUGCCCCAAGAGGGCCUUGGUUGGGUGUGCCGGGCACAGGAGAGACAUUGGACCGAGAAUCUGAAGACUGGGUCUCAUUGCAGUCCUGCCUCUGGGACCUGAGGCUCAGGGGUUGUGACCCCCUGCCUUAGGCCUGGGCGCCCUGGGCUGUGAGAUGGGUGUCUCCUCCCAGGAGUGCUGUUGGGACCUGCACUCGUGGAAGGUAAAGGAAAGCAGAUUGUUGUACAGGGGGGGACCCAGAGCACUUGUGAGGGACCAUUAAGACAGGGGUUGAGCCAGGUGCGUGUGUUUCUGCAGGUUUCCUUUUCCAUUUCCCUUCCCAUGUCCUUCUCUUUCCUUCACAAUAAAAGAAGGACAACUUGACACAGUUUAGGGACUGAAGAACAGCCUUAAACAAAGCAGCAGCAGUUGCAGAUUUUCCCAUUAUACUAUGAUUUGUCUUUUGGAAUUUUUGAUCAAGCACACAGAUCAAAGUAAAACUUUGGACUGUUGUCACCACUUAUGUUCCAGCUGCUCAGGAAUGGCUCCCUCUUGCCACCUCUGUUUAAACACAUCAGUGUGUCUAAACAGUAUCACCACACCUCUCACCCCCUCCAGCCUGCUUCUGUCAUCAUCCCCAUCUCCUGUCAGAGGGUGGAGCACUGUCUACCCAUUUAGCCAGAAGCCUGGGCAGCAACCUGUAGUCCCCUCUGUCCCUCAGCCACUUCCACUAUCCCCAGCAUUUCUCAGCUCCACCCUCUCCCCUUGACUGCCCACCUGGUUAAGGCACCAGCUUCCUCACAUCCUGCCCUCAGGCUGGGGCCCCACUCAUCUGUGCUCUACAUCUUCCAUUUCUCAGAACGGUAACAGUAUUUUUUAAGUUCAAAUUCAUGUUCAUUUUAGAAAUAUUGGACAAUUUUGGAAAGAAUAAUUAAGAAAACAUUUAUCUGUAACCCCAUCACCCAGAGGAAACAACUGUUAGUUAAUAAUUUGUCAUCGUUUUCCAAAAGUUUCUGCAUGCAUACUUACUUGUAUAUCUAUAAGAAAAGUACCUUAAAAACUGGGAUUAUACUGAGUAUAAAGUUAUAUAUUCUGCUUUUUUCUAUUAAUUACAGUGUGAACAUUUCUCAUCAUCAAGUAUUUUUCAAAAAAUAAGAUUUCUAAUGGUUGUAUCACAUUCUAUCAUGGGGUUCCAUCAGGAUUUAUUUAAGCAUUCUUCUAUGGUUGGAUGUUAUGAUUCUGAAAUUUUUUUGUCACCAUAAAUAAUGCCAUGAUUA